AAGGAGGGUUGGGGAGGCGUCUCUGCGGAGCCCAGCGCUCCGCGCCAGACCCAGACGGAGCCUCUCGGUGGCUGCGGCAGCCGCCACAGCAACAGGCGGCGGAGGGACGAAGGGGCGGGGAGCGGCAACGGGGCGCGGAGCGCGAGGAGGGGCGACGCGACCCCGCACCGCCGCCUCUACCCCGCCUCAUGGACGAGCACCUCAGCCUCCUGCGCUCGCCGCCGCCGCCGCCCUCCGCCCGCCACCGCGCCCACCCUCCCCAACACCCCGCGAGCGGCGGCGGCGCCCACACACUGGUGAACCCGGGCUACGCAGAGCCCGCCGCGGGCCCCGCGCUGCCGCCCGACAUGACGGUGGUGCCCGGGGACCACCUGCUGGAGCCCGAGGCGGCCGACGGCGGCGGGGAACCGCCUCAGGGCGACUGUGGCGGCGGCGGCGGCGGCGGUGGCGGCUGCGACCGCUACGAACCGCUGCCACCCGCGCUGCCGGCCGCCAGUGAGCAGGACUGCUGCGGGGAGCGCGUGGUGAUCAACAUCUCAGGGUUGCGCUUCGAGACGCAGCUCAAGACCCUCUGCCAGUUCCCAGAGACACUGCUGGGCGACCCGAAGCGGCGCAUGAGGUACUUCGACCCGCUCCGCAACGAGUACUUCUUCGACCGUAACCGGCCCAGCUUCGACGCCAUCCUCUACUACUAUCAGUCCGGGGGCCGCAUCCGCCGGCCGGUCAAUGUGCCCAUUGACAUCUUCUCCGAGGAGAUCCGCUUCUACCAGCUGGGCGAGGAGGCCAUGGAGAAGUUCCGCGAGGACGAGGGCUUCCUGCGGGAGGAGGAACGGCCCCUGCCCCGCCGGGACUUCCAGCGCCAAGUGUGGCUGCUCUUCGAGUACCCGGAGAGCUCCGGGCCGGCCCGGGGCAUCGCCAUCGUGUCCGUGCUCGUCAUCCUCAUCUCCAUUGUAAUCUUCUGUCUGGAGACGCUGCCCGAGUUCCGUGACGAGAAGGGCUACCCCUCCUCGCCGUUUCAAGAGCUGUUGGAUGCGCCCAGCAACAGUACGUCGGGGGCCCCCGCUGGCGCCUCCAGCUUCUCGGAUCCCUUCUUCGUGGUGGAGACCCUUUGCAUCAUCUGGUUCUCCUUUGAGCUGCUGGUGCGGUUCUUCGCGUGCCCCAGCAAAGCCACCUUCUCGAGAAACAUCAUGAACCUGAUAGACAUCGUGGCCAUCAUCCCUUAUUUUAUCACGCUGGGCACGGAGCUGGCUGAGAGGCAGGGCAAUGGACAGCAAGCCAUGUCCCUGGCUAUCCUGAGGGUCAUUCGCCUGGUGAGGGUCUUCCGCAUCUUCAAGCUCUCUCGCCAUUCCAAGGGGCUGCAGAUCCUGGGGCAAACGCUGAAGGCUUCCAUGAGGGAGUUGGGGUUGCUUAUCUUUUUCCUGUUUAUUGGGGUCAUCCUUUUCUCCAGCGCAGUCUACUUUGCCGAGGCAGAUGACCCCACUUCAGGUUUUAGCAGUAUCCCGGAUGCCUUCUGGUGGGCAGUGGUAACCAUGACAACAGUAGGUUAUGGUGACAUGCACCCAGUGACCAUAGGGGGCAAGAUUGUGGGGUCUCUCUGUGCCAUCGCUGGUGUCCUGACCAUUGCUUUGCCUGUCCCUGUGAUUGUUUCCAACUUCAAUUACUUCUACCACCGGGAGACAGAAGGGGAAGAGCAAGCACAGUACAUGCAUGUGGGAAGUUGCCAGCACCUGACCUCAUCGGCUGAGGACCUCCGAAAAGCACGGAGUAAUUCCACUCUGAGUAAGUCGGAGUAUAUGGUGAUUGAAGAGGGGGGUAUGAACCAUAGCGCUUUCCCCCAGACUCCCUUCAAAACGGGCAAUUCCACUGCCACCUGCAACACGAACAAUAAUCCCAAUUCCUGUGUCAACAUCAAAAAGAUAUUUACUGAUGUUUAAUAUAUGAUACAAGUGACAUGCUAUGCUCAGUAUUGUGUGGAACAUACCCUCUUGGUCUGUGUAUGCCCUUAUUUUAUACAUCUCCAGACCAUUCAUCCAGGAAAGGACAUAAAGAAGUGGAAAGCACACUUCUUCAUUUUCUGUCUCCCCUCUGCUUCAUACUGAAACAGGUGUCUGUUUUGCAAGUGGGCUGCAUUCUCUCAGCUCUCCUUUUUUUUUUCUUCCUCCCUCUCUUAAUACUGCCAACAAGAAACUUACCUUUCAACUUGGUUUCUAGUACAAGCCCUGUUUAAAAAAAAAAUCGGUACAUCCUGGGAGGAAAUGAAACUGAAGAACAGUUAGAGUAACUGUUUAACCUCAGAACUGAAAGGCAGUUUUUUUCUUUACUAAGUAAAGCAGGCACAUACUUGAAUGAUGCUUCAGUUUGAUGGACCCUUCAACAUUAUUGACUGUUUAGUUCAGUUGCCUAUGCUGUGGAUGUGUGGAUGAAAAGUCUACUUAGAACAAUGACUUGUUUAUUUGUUUUCUGACUGGAAUUUCUGUUCGGAACCCCCUCCCCCCGGAAUUUUGUACAACUUUGACCAAAAAGGAAACGCACAAGAUGUCCUGAUCUGACUACUUAGUUUAACUCUUUGGGGCUUGUUAAGCAUUUCAAAAGUAUUAGACUAAUAGAUUCCUGUGAAGUUCUGUGUGUGUGUGUUCCAGCCAACAUCUAUCAGAGUCUAGAAACACAUGUUUUCAGUGCUGCUGAGAGAAACAAAAAAAAAAAAUCCUAAUGCAUCUGAGAGAUAAGCUUCUGCAGUAUCACAAGAUGAUUAAAGUGGCAGACACUCCUUCCAGCGGAAGUUACUAAUUCGGACCUGACUGAUGCAGUUCCCAUAGCAACCCAUGUUUCCUGGGAAACCCGAAAAAGGUUGUCAUGGUAUCUCUUGCUCUCUAGCCCCACCUCCUAGCCCCUGCCGUUUCCACAGUAACCUUUCCAGAUGGUUCCUACUUACAUGAUUUCAUAAGGAAACCCUCUGUUUGAAUAAACCGCACAAAUAAAGUUAAGUCUGAGAAUCUGAGAUGGUGAAAUGGAUCACAAAAUGCAUACUUUUUACUACAAAAAAAAAAUGUUGCUAUCAUCCCACAAUGGCUGAAUCAAGAAGGAAGAUAACAUCUUUUGAAUGUUAGAUAUACACCACAAUAAAGUAUGAUUUGAAUUAAAUGCCAGUAAUUAGGCCACAGUUUUAAAAGAUGCUUCUCUACUGUUUUCUUUCUCGAAGAAGUUUUAAGCCAACAAAUGAAAUUUAAAAGCAAAUAUGGAAGUGUUGUGUACACAAGCAAAUGAAAGAUUCAGUGUACCUGAAACCUUACUACAAGGGACCUUCAGAUUUCCUCUUAAAAAAAAUCCAGAUCCCACAACAGCACCUUUAACCAUCAUAGCACUUGAAAAGCUAAAUAAACUUAAAAAAUAUAA